CACACCAGUGCAAGAUUGAAGAAGGUAUGCCAUUCCAAUUUAGCUAGAAGUAGAGAGAUUAAGUAGUAGAGAUGCAACAUAUGAUAUUGGAUGCUAAUUGUGUCAAUACUCCAUCAGAAUGCAUAAAGCUGAUAGCCCCUAACGCACAAAAAAAUCGUAUGAGCUAUCUUACAGAGUUACAGCAGAAAAUUAUGUUGUUUAUUUACUGUUUAUAAUCCUAGUCCACUGCGAUUGGAUCUCUUGUUGUUAGCACCUCCACCUCGAAGAGGCCGAGCUGCAGCGUGGCGUUGAUCCACGCGUAGAUCUCGUAGCGGCCGACGAAGUAGGCGCCGUCCAUCAGGCAUCAUGCCGAUGUUGAUCGCCGCCAUCACCGUCCCUAAAGAUCCCAGGCAGAUCGGAAUGUGCCAAGACGGUCUUCACGGCGGCGGUGCUGCAUAUUCCCAAAUCCGGCUUGUCUAGUUCUCGCAAUCGCAUGACUGUGGAAGACCUCACGGGCGGCGAUGGCGAUGCGGCGGUGUGGGGAGGCCGGGUUGGUCCCUGCCAGUGUGAAGAAGAGCUGGUUCACGGCCGCCUACGCUACUGCCAAGAGCCGCACCGGCGCCAUGGUGCGCCUGUGGCGUCGAUGGCAGGAGUGGCAGCGGGGGAGCUGGGGUGGAGAAUGGAGCAGAGGGCCGCGACGGAGGCGGAGGGCGAGACGGUGGAGGCGGAGAAGCCCCGCAGCGGCUUCCCCGGCCCCCGGGACAGCGCCGGCGGCGGGCGCGUCGGAUCUGCCACUGCUGUAGGUGGUGUCAGGGUAGAGCGACGACGCAGAGCAGCAGGACGCCAGGACGGGGGCGAUCGAGCGAACGCUGCCUCGACGAGUCCUGGCGCCGCCGACUUGGUUCGAAUCCGACUCGGAGUCAGACUUCGUUCGCCGCGGGAGACGAGCAGCGGGCUACGGAAACUAGAGAAACUCUUCUAUCCGACAAUCCGAUUCCGACUCCUGUUCACCCUUCACGCGCUAUAUAGUCGGUAGUCGCCCGAUCCUCUCCCCUCUAGGCCUCUCACAAUUUCCCGGCUGCGAACGCGCAAUGGAGGCAGCAGCAGCGUCCACGGCAUCCAAGUUGGGCCUUCCGCCAGGCUUCCGCUUCGUGCCCACCGACGAGGAGGUGGUCGUGCACUACCUCCUCCGUCGCAUCCAGAACCAGCCCCUCCCGGUCGGCGACAUCCUCGACGACGACCCGCUGAGCGCGCCUCCGUGGCUCCUCCUCGCGAAGCACGGGCGGAAGGGAGACGCGUUCUUCUUCGCGGAGGGGCAGGCCAUGAAAGGUAAGGGCAGCCGCCAGAAGAGGAGCUGCGCGGGCGGCGGGACCUGGGAAGGCCAGGGCCAGAGGAAGGCUGCCAAGGGCCGCGAGGGCGAGAAGCUGCGCGUGCGCGUGGACGGCGAGGAGAUCGAGUGGCGGAAGUACGCGCUCAACUUCCAGGGGGAAGUAAUCAAGGGCAGCACGGGCUGGGUCAUGCACGAGUACUCCAUCACCGCGCCGCCCGAGCUCGCCGCGUCGCCGGUGAGGGUGUACCGCAUCCGCUUCAGCGGCCACGGCAAGAACGCCCAGAAGCGCAAGAGGAAUGAGAUCGACUGGGCCAGCGACGAGGAAGAGGAGGUGUACCAAGGCGCGGCACGCGCCGCGGCCCGUCCCGCGGUGGCAGAGCCCGAUGCGCUGUUCGUCGGCGGGUGCCCGUCAGCACCGCAGCCCGAGCCCGUCAGCUAUCUACCCGUUCCAGUGGUGGCGGGGUCUGAUGCUCUGUUCGUCGGUGGGUGCCCGUCGGCGCCGCAGCUCGGGCCCGUCAGCUAUCUUCCCAUGGCGCCGGUGUAUGUUGGCAAUGGCAAUCUUGCUGAAUGGACGGGAACCGGAGCGGGCGGUGCGUUGUCGGCGGCGACGUCGUCGUUGGCUCAGGACCUGCCGGCGCUGGUGGACGGCGGCGGCGAGGACUGGAACUUCAUAUUCUCCUCGGAUGAUUUGCUGCCCGGUUUCGAGUUCUCAGGAGCGGCUGAUGCUGGAGCCAUGUCAGCCCCGAUGGUGCCAGCUGCAUGAUCAAACACGUCGAUUGUCGCUAACUGCUUGUGAUUUGUCGUUGUAGCUUGAGAUAGCGAAUUGCUGGAUGUGCUGAUUUUGUGCGCGGAGAGCGUCUCUUCAGUUUGUAUGUGCUUCCUCUGGGUUUGUACCGUGGUUAACAUUCUUGACUUGUUCGAAGAACAAGAUUCGAUUUUUAGUCUCAAA